AUGAGUCUGGCCCACACCACUGUGCUUCUGUGGGUGUGGGGCAGUCUCCAGGCCUUUGAAAUAGUGGAGAAGGAGAACAUAUUUCAGAAGACCCCCUGCCCAGCUUUCUUGAUGUUUGACAAUGCAGCCUACCUGGCCGACAUGACCUUUGAGCUUCCCUGCCACUGCAAGCCCGAGAAGGUGUCAGCUGUGGUCUGGUAUUACCAAAAACACCUAGGCAGCAGCCACACCAAAGUGCUGACAGACUUCGACGGGCGAUUGCUGACGGAGGCGGCUCACGUGCGUGUGGGCAGUGACAUGCUGGUCCGCUUCAGCAUCCGUAUGUUCAGCCUGCUGGUUUUCCGGGCCCAGCCUGAGGACUCCGGCCUGUAUUUCUGUGGGACCCGCAAGGGGGACUACUUUUACGCCUAUGACGUGGACGUCCAGAGCAAUGAGGGCAUGGUGGCCACCUUCAAGGACGAGGGCCAGGAGCCCUUUGAAGAUGAGUACCACAGCGACCUCCGUGUCUUCACCACUUUCUGGGACUGGACCCCCUGUGACCGCUGUGGGGUGCGUGGGGAACAGUGGCGCAUUGGCCUCUGCUACCUGCAGAGCCCAGACCUCUCCCCACGCUACCACAUGGCACUGCCCAACGUGGUGUCCUGUGGUUCUCGGGCUGUACCAAGGAAGCUACGGAUUGUGGCCAGCGACCACAGGCCUGAGCUGCUGGUUCGGAGCUGCCUGGUGUCUUGUGAGAAGAGGAAGACCAUCCAAGAGGGGAUGCUGGCCAUCUUCAACUAUGUGUCCAAAGUGGGCAGCCGGCCCUGGGUUCCCCAGGUGCCCAUUCAGUUCCACCAGCAGAGACUAGGCCACGGACUCAUCAUCUCCUGCCCUGGUGCCCGGCCAGAGCACGCUGUGGCCUGGGACAAGGACCGCCAGCGCCUGUACCGCACACAGUAUCUGAAGGGUGUCAACAGGUCCAUGCGGGUGUUCAUUGACCAAGGCAACCAUCUGCACAUCCGCUUCACCCAGUUGAGUGACCGGGGCAUCUACUAUUGCUGGCGGCAGGGGGUGAAGGUUGCCGGGUUCCGGCUGGCUGUGAAAUCCCGAGGGCACUACCAGGUCUCCUUCUCAGACCCUGAGACUCGCUCUGUCCUCCAGCUCACCCUGAUAGGCUACCUGCUCAUCACAGCAGUCUUUGUUGUUAUUCACCUCUGCCGUUGCAGCUGUUACUUAUUUCGCUGCUGUCCCAACUUCUCCCCCUAG